AUGGCGAAGACAAAUGAAAAGCUAUGUGAAAGAUUGAAACGAAAAAAUGUUAUUUGGUAUUACAAUGAUCAAAAAGAUGAAGAUGAAAAUGAGAAUUGGAUUCCAUUAAAUGAUAUUGAUAAUGAAAUUGUUGAAAAUGCGUUUUUAAAAAAUGAAAAACAAGUUGAACUUGAUGAUUAUUUAAUUGAUUUAGACAAAAUGAUUCAAAUGGAAAAAGACGAUUAUUCAAAGAAAAGAUUUGUUAAACGAUCAAUUAUUGAAACAAAUCAUCAAUCAAUUUCACUUCGUUGUCAACGUUUUUAUACAACAGAAAAACCUGUUCAAUCUUCUGAAGAAAACAAUUCGAAAGAACAUUGUUUAAUUUCUCAAAUACAAAAAGAAUUUGGAAAUUUGUCAAUGAAUGAAAUAUUACACAAAGCAUCAAAUGGAAUUCGUCAUGAAGGAAUUUUAAUUGGAAAAGCAAUUGAAGGAGAAUGGAUUGCAAAUCAAUUAGAAUUAGUUGCAGAAAAAUCAAUUGAUGAAAUUGAAAAAUGUCUCAUUUCUCUUUAUACACGAGAAAGUUUUCUUUAUCUUUUAAUAAAUUCUACAUUAAGACAAAAUGAUCAAACAAAAUUAGAAACACUUGGACCAUUUAUUUCUUUACUUUCGUCUACGGAUUGUUCAUCAUCAAUGUCUCAAUAUGGUUAUUCUCAAGAAUUGUAUCGUGGUGCCCAACUUACUGAUGAGAUUAUUGACAUUUAUCGAAAAUCAAUUGGACGAAUUCGAACAUGGAACGCAUUUUCAUCAACAAGUCAAAAUCGAAAGAAAGCUGAAUGUUUCGGAAAUGUUCUUUUUGUCAUUAAUCGAGAUAAAUCUACUCGAUAUAAAUAUUCAGGAAUGAAUGUUUCAUCAAUUUCACAAUAUCCUGAUGAAGAAGAAGUUUUAAUUCGAGCAUCAAGGAAUUUUCGUGUUGAAAAUGUUGAAAAAGAUGACAAUUCAGGUAAAUAUUUCAUUUAUUUAUCACUU